GUUAUUAUAAAUAACAUUCAAAACGAAAACAUUCUACAGGAAAACUCUCUUCCUUCAAAACACAAAAAUAAAAACACCAAAUUCCCCCUCUUCCUCCAUAUACAUAAUAAGAUACGUAAAGAUAGAUAGAUCGAAGAAGAAGUAGAAGGAGAGAUGGGAAGAUCACCAUGCUGCGAGAAAGCACACAUGAACAAAGGAGCUUGGACUAAAGAAGAAGAUCAGCUUCUCGUUGAUUACAUCCGUAAACACGGUGAAGGUUGCUGGAGAUCUCUCCCUCGCGCCGCCGGAUUACAGAGAUGUGGUAAGAGUUGUAGAUUGAGAUGGAUGAAUUAUCUAAGACCAGAUCUCAAAAGAGGCAAUUUCACUGAAGAUGAAGACGAACUCAUCAUCAAGCUCCAUAGCUUGCUCGGUAACAAAUGGUCAUUGAUAGCUGGGAGAUUACCAGGAAGAACAGACAACGAGAUCAAGAACUACUGGAACACUCACAUCAAGAGGAAGCUUCUGAGCCGUGGGAUCGAUCCAAACACUCACCGUCUCAUCAACGAAUCUGCUGCAUCAUUAGUUGUAUUGCCUCCUCCUCCUCUGUCUUCGUCGUCUCUUCAAAACGAUGUCGUUGAGCCUUUGCAUCUUGAUUUCGCCGGACCGGUUAAACCGGAACCGGUAUUAGGGGAAGAGAUCUCUGGUAUUCAUAAUAAUAAUUGCACGAGUAGUGGAACGACGUCGGAGAAAGAUUUUGGGAACGAGAACGAUUGGGUGCUGAACUUGGAGCUCUCCGUCGGACCAGCAGCGGCGCGUUAUCAUCAUCGGUACGAGUCGAAGACCCGGAAGGUGAGUGUUGUUGAUUCGGCUGAGUCGAAUAGACGGUGGGGGUCCGAGUUGUUCGGAGGAGCUCAGAGCGAUGCGGUGUGUUUGUGUUGUCGGGUUGGGUUGUUCCAUAAUGAGUCGUGUCGGAAUUGUCGUAAUUCUGAUGUUAGAACCCAUUAGUGUUUUUUUUUUUUUUUUUUACAUUUGUUAUGUAACGCAUCAAAAAGCAAAAAUAUUAGGAUAAAAUUUAUUUGAUGGCAAAUAAUAGAGCUGUCUCAAAACUAUAGUCGAAGAUUAUGGGCAAAAGAAUUAUCAGAAGUAAAAAAAAAAAUUGUAUA